AUGAAAAAGCUAGAAACUAUAAGAAUUGUUUGGUGAUGGGUGAUAUAAACGAAGAGGAGCAGCAUGGCAUCAAGGAUACUGAAGAAGUACCAGAAAUGGAUAAAGAAGAAAAACCUCUGCAGAUCACAAAGCGUGUGGCCUCUCUCGAUGUCUUCCGAGGCCUUACUGUUGCGUUGAUGGUGUUGGUUGAUGAUGCCGGAGGAGAGUGGCCAGUGAUAGGACAUGCACCGUGGAAUGGCUGCAAUCUUGCUGAUUUUGUGAUGCCUUUCUUUCUGUUUAUUGUGGGAAUGGCCAUUGCACUCUCUCUCAAGAGAAUACCAAAAAAACUUAUGGCUAUCAGGAAGGUGAUCUUAAGGACACUCAAGCUUGUUUUUUGGGGACUCCUUUUACAAGGAGGAUAUUCACACGCACCAGACAAGUUAACAUAUGGUGUGGACUUGAAAAAGAUAAGAUGGUGUGGCAUUCUCCAGAGGAUUGCUCUUGCUUAUUUCAUGGCAGCGAUGAUAGAGAUCUCGUUGCAAAAAAGGCAAGCUAAGGUUGUAUUGCGGGGACCAUUCUCCAUAUUUAAGCUAUACUAUCGACAUUGGGCCAUUGGAGGUUGCGUUUUAGUAGUUUACAUGGCCACAUUGUAUGGAACAUAUGUUCCUGACUGGCAAUUCGUUGUGAAAAAUACAAACAGUCCUGACUUUGGAAAGGUCUUAACUGUAUCUUGCAAUGUAAGAGGGAAACUGGAUCCUCCAUGUAAUGCAGUGGGUUAUAUUGACAGACAAGUUCUAGGAAUCAAUCAUAUGUACCCUCAUCCAGCUUGGAAGAGAUCUAAGGCCUGCACGAAAAACUCUCCGCAUGAGGGUCCGUUCAGAAAUGAUGCUCCGUCUUGGUGUUGGGCUCCUUUUGAUCCAGAAGGAAUACUGAGCUCAAUUUCUGCCAUCCUCUCCGCUAUUAUUGGAGUUCAUUUUGGACAUGUUCUUAUCCACUUGAAGGAUCAUUCUUCUCGACUUGUGCAUUGGAUUGUCAUGGGACUUGUACUUCUGAUUUUAGGAAUCAUCCUUCACUUUAUAGAUGCAAUUCCUCUAAAUAAGCAACUGUACACUUUCAGCUAUGUGUGUGUGACAUCUGGUGCAGCCGCAUUAGUAUUUUCAGUACUGUACAUUCUGGUUGACGUUAGCAACCUCAGAUGUCUGUUUCUGCCACUGGAGUGGAUUGGGAAGAAUGCGAUGCUCAUUUACGUUAUGGCAGCUGAAGGGAUUUUUGCAGGUUUCAUCAACGGUUGGUACUACGAUGAUCCUCACAACACUCUGGUAUAUUGGAUCAAGAAACAUGUUUUUAUAGGAGUGUGGCAUUCAAGAAGAGUGGGAAUUCUGAUGUAUGUAAUAUUUGGUGAGAUAUUGUUCUGGGCUGUCAUUGCUGGGGUGUUUCAUUGGCUAGGCAUUUACUGGACACUUUAGGUAUCAUGAACUCUUAUGCCAAAUGCUUGGAGUGCUGCUGCCUAACAAGAACCUACCUUUUUGCAUGGUUUCCAAUAUGUCUCUCUCCAUAUGUAUAUUGUAAUUAUUUUAUUGGAACAUGUUGUGGUUGUGAUUAUUAAUGAAAAGUUAAAUUCAGUGGUUCAAAGAUCUAACUCCUUUUUAACUAUGAUCUCUAUUUACACAGUUUUAAGGAGCUUCUUGUUAUUUCGAAAGAAGUAUUUCGAUUAUUUUAAAAAAUUAAAAGAAAUGUCUGCAUUAAGUAUAUUUAUUUAAAAUUAAGAAUAAUCAAGGAUUUAAUAUUUAAUACCAUAUCUUUCUUCUCAAAAAUCUUUCGAUAAUCUCAUCUUUUCAACCGUGACCUCCAAAACGAUAUUCUAGAUCAUCUGAAUUAUCCCCAAAUAAAUCCAAGAAUGAGAGUGAGUCAGUCACACAAUAAAUUAGAGAACUUGAUUCAAAUAUUUUAGUGCAUUUGGAACAAUCAUUAGUGAGGAAAGUAGAUUUUCUAAUACUUUUUCAUUACGAGAAUUUAACGAAAGCGAAAACUCAUACGCUUAAGGCUUUUAACACAUUUACAAGGCUCCUGUUCAAAUGAUUUUUAGUUCUUAUUUUAAUUGUGUUUCAAAAUUAAAAUAGAUUUUGAGAUUAGAAAAGCGACUUCAAUUCUCUGUAGUCAACUUUUGAAAGCGUUUGGUAUGAGGUACGUAAAAUAAUUACUUCGCAUGCAAAUUGCAGAGAUGUAAAAAGUUUACAUUGUUUGGUUGAGUUAUUUAAUGUAAACUGUAUGACCCUUUUAAAAAAAAUUCAUAUUGUACCAUGUAAAGCACUGCACCGCCUUAUAAAGCACUGCACUGCCUUUGCAUGCAAAUUAAAAAUAAAUUACACAUCUAACCAAACAAUGUAAUCUAUUUUACAUGCAAAAUGAUUGUUUCCUGAAAGUUUGCAUGCAAUCAUUUCACGUGAAAAGAUUUAACAUGUAAACUACCAAAUUGAUCCUUUGUGAAAAUAUUGUCCAAUAAUUGACAGGUUCUACAAUAAUAUAUAAAUAAUAGGAGUCACUAAGUCAAGGUAAAGAACACUUAAAAUGCAACAAAGAACUACUCAAAGCCUCUAGAUCUCUGAUCUCCGAUAAUGCACCAACCCCCUUAUGUUAAAAUUGUUCAUGCGCAGAACCCCUUUUGCAAAUAAAUUUAACUAUUUUAAAAUCAUUUUUCUUAAUAUUAUGAUUAAAUAUGUAAGUAAAUUUAUCAAAAUCUUUAAAUUAUACAAAAAUAUUAAUCAUUUUUCUUUUAUUUGACAAUUAAAAAUUUUCAUAGAAGAGAUUUUGCCUUAAUUAAUAAUAAUACAAGGGGAUUCGAUGCAUUUUCUAAACCACGAGAAGCUAAUGCGUCGAAUUUCUAAAUCACAAGAGUGUUUGGUGCAUUAAAAUCUAUUCUUGUCAUAACCUUUUCAAAGAGGUUUACAAUUAUUUUAUUUUGGACCAAUAAUAAAUAAAAUUUUCGCUGUGCUACAAAACUUCAUCAACAACUUUCUUAAUAAAUGUCAUUUUUAAUAAUUGUGUCGCUUACUAGCAUUUCAAUUUUAAGAGGAUGAAAAUACCCAACUACACCAUUAAUCCUCUGUCCUAGGUUAACGUUUUCACUUACCUUUUUGGAUGUUCAAUCUAAAGGUUUCAUUUCUAUUUAAAAAAAAGAUUAGCACUCUUAAAUAACAAUUUAAUCGUCAAAUAUUAAAAAUGAUAUAUCUAUUACAUCACAGUUAGCAUCAAUGACCUCUUUAUAUUAUGUAUAAAUGAAAACUAUUUAUCAAAAUUAAUCGAAUUAUUUUAUUUAAUUACUCUGAUAAUCAUUUCAGUUUUCAACGAGAAACUUAAGUCAAAGCGUAAGUAAUAUUUAUUUACGACUUAUUUGUGUGUACAAAUAACUUUUCAAAAAAUUGAAUUUUUAAAUAAAUUGAUGGUAUACACAAACAAAAUAGGGAGCGUACAAAAAAUGUACCAAUCAAUUUUCAAUGAGCCCAAACCCAAGCCCAAGCCCAAGCCCGACAUUUGCCUACUUAUACUGUUCUAUUUUUUCUGUAAAAGAGAAGUACGCCUAAAAGGAUACGGAGUACUCCCCAAGUUUGCUCUACUUCCGGUCUUCCAAACAGAUCUCUCAACUUCUUGGCUUCUCUGAUCAGUGUUUUCUUGCUUUUUCUAUCCCUCUACACUUUAACGCUCGCACAAGUAGCGGCGGAGAUGGCAACGGCCAUGGCGGAGGACACCAAUUUCGAGGAUGACCAGCUCGCUUCUAUGUCCGUUGAAGAUGUUAUCAGGGCUUCGCGGCUGCUCGACAACGAAAUUCGAAUUAUGAAGGAAGAAGUUCAAAGAACGAAUCUUGAGUUGGAUUCGUUCAAGGAGAAGAUCAAGGAAAAUCAAGAGAAGAUUAAACUCAACAAGCAGCUUCCUUACUUAGUUGGAAACAUAGUUGAGAUUUUAGAAAUGAACCCAGAGGAAGAUGGUGAAGAGGAUGGUGCAAAUAUUGAUCUUGACUCACAAAGAAAGGGCAAGUGUGUUGUACUAAAAACAUCAACUCGCCAGACAAUCUUCCUGCCUGUGGUUGGUCUUGUUGAUCCUGACAAGUUGAAGCCCAGUGAUUUGGUUGGUGUGAACAAAGAUAGUUAUUUGAUCUUGGACACUUUGCCAUCUGAGUUUGACUCUCGAGUUAAGGCAAUGGAAGUUGAUGAAAAACCAACAGAGGACUACAAUGAUAUUGGAGGGCUUGAGAAGCAGAUCCAAGAACUGGUUGAGGCAAUUGUUUUGCCUAUGACGCACAAAGAGCGAUUUCAAAAAUUAGGAGUUCGUCCACCAAAAGGUGUUCUUCUCUAUGGACCUCCGGGGACUGGUAAAACUCUAAUGGCUCGUGCCUGUGCGGCUCAGACAAAUGCUACUUUUCUCAAGCUAGCAGGUCCUCAACUUGUUCAGAUGUUCAUUGGAGAUGGAGCAAAACUUGUUCGUGAUGCUUUCCAGCUUGCAAAGGAAAAGUCCCCUUGCAUUAUUUUCAUUGAUGAGAUUGAUGCAAUUGGCACAAAACGUUUUGAUAGUGAGGUCAGCGGGGACAGGGAAGUCCAAAGAACUAUGUUAGAACUAUUGAAUCAGCUUGACGGAUUUAGCAGCGAUGAUAGAAUAAAGGUCAUAGCAGCAACAAAUCGGGCUGAUAUUUUAGAUCCUGCUUUAAUGAGGUCUGGUCGAUUGGACCGUAAGAUUGAGUUUCCCCAUCCUACAGAGGAAGCCAGGGCUCGUAUAUUGCAGAUCCACUCAAGAAAGAUGAAUGUUCACCCAGAUGUGAACUUUGAAGAGUUGGCUCGAUCGACAGAUGAUUUCAAUGGGGCACAAUUAAAAGCUGUUUGUGUUGAGGCAGGCAUGUUAGCACUACGCCGAGAUGCAACAGAGGUUACACAUGAAGAUUUCAAUGAAGGCAUUAUCCAAGUGCAGGCCAAGAAGAAGGCUAGCUUGAACUACUAUGCUUAAAUUUUAAUUAUACGUUUGGUGCUCCUGGAUUAAAUGUGUCUUGACAAAUUGUGCUAUCAUUCCUUUGAUUUAAGAUCUGCACUGAAGUGUUCUCUCUUUCGUCUGACUUAUUCUUACUUUCCGUGCUCGGAAUUACAAGUUAUCCCUCUUAUUUAAGACGAGAUAUAGACAACAAUAUAAAAAUAAUGACAUAUAUGAUCAAAAAUCAAAAUAAACAUCAAGGACAAAAAUGUGAUUUGUUAUGCAAAGUGACUACAUUAGUAACUUCAUAUUGUUAUUAUGUUCAAUCUGACAUUAUAGUGACCAUGAAGCUAUGCUUAUACGGAGUAAUAACUUUCAUUA